AUGGCAGGAUUACUCCUUGUAUAUGAAUCUAAACUUGAAAAAUUACAAAAUAUUAUAGAUGAAGCGAAAGAACAAAAAGAAAGAAUCAAACGAUAUCAGAAUACACAAACUAUCGUAUCUAGUAUUAUCAACAAAAUAAACCAAGAAAAAGAAGAAUUUAAACAAAAAAUCAAUGAAUUGACAAACGAAAAUGAAGAACUUCAACGACAAAUUCUUACGUUAAAUAAUGAUUUUUAUUAUGAACGGGCUUUAAACGAACGGAUCAUCGCUAAUCAGCAAGCCUAG